CGUAUCAUGUAUUCACAUAUACAUCUCUAGAAAAGGAAGUACACAUAUAUCGUUACUACCUUGUGUCUCUAGUCACUUUUCUAAGUUGCUUUGAAUCUACGCUUGUAAAUUAAGAUCUCUUCGGAUUAGACAUUUCUAAACUUAACCAAGAAGAUAGUGACGGAAAAUUAACAGAGAAUCUGUGUCAUAUAUCAUACAUCGAAUUUAACAUUAAAAAAAAUUAACAAUCCUUAUCAUUUCUGGCAAGAUGAUUUUACAAAGAAUAGCAAAUUUAUAUGUUUUACGUAACAUUAAACAAUUCGAAUCUAUUAUAAAGCCUAGUUGUAUGUUAUCACAAUAUGGACAAUUAUCACAAACAAGCAGACUUUCUUCGUCACUUGCAAAUUUGAAUCUUACGAAUUCUAAACUAGUUAAUCAUGAAAAUCAUCGAUUAUUGACAAAGUUACCUAUGUCUUUAACCUUAAAUGGAAAUCAAUCUCGCUUUAAUAGUACAGGAGGCAAUCAUGUACGUUUAUGGGUUAUGGAAAAAAUAGUUUCUGCUGCACUUCCAAUUUUAUUACCAGCUUCUUUGUUAUUGGAAAAUCAAAUUGUCGAUGGAAUACUAGCUAUUCUUGUUGUAAUGCAUAUGCAUUGGGGUUUGGAAGCUAUAGUUGUUGAUUAUGCAAGACCUAUCAUUAUUGGAACGUUUCUUCCAAAAGUAUUCCAUCUAUUAUUGAAUCUUUGUUCGAUUGUAACACUUGCUGGACUUCUUAUACUAAUUUAUAAUGGACCUGGCAUUGCAAGAUCUAUCAAAGAUGCAUGGAGUAUCGGCAAAGAAGAAGACAAAGAAGAGAGUCCCUAAGUAAAAUAAUUUAUUGCAAAAAGUUAGGUAUGCCGUAGUUACCCUCUUUCUAAAUUGUACAGAAAUAAAGUAUUUAUUGCCUUACACUCAUAA